CGAGAAAUUCGCGAAAGCAUUGAGAACGUCAAGUGGAGAAUUGUAAUUGUAACGCAUCGAAAAACUGCAAGUAUUCGUACGCAAACUGUCUUCAUUGCUUAUUAGUUAAAGUUUUGUAUAGCCUUUGAUCCUACUCGGGAAAGAGUUCUAAAGAUUAUGGGAGUAACUGAUAAGACUCCGGGAGACAGUGCAUCUUGUUCUAAAAUAACAUUAGAAACAUAUCGAGAAAUCUUUCGCGGUUUAGAGCCGGAAGUAGAAAUCGAUGGAUUUGAGGAGGAGCAGGCUUCUGGGCGCGGUGACAAUUAUACGGCGACAAUAUAUCGUACACAUCUAACUGGUCAACGAGAAAGCUCAGCGGAUGGUAAAAAACAAAAAUGGGAAAAGAAUUUAAUUUGUAAGAGAAUACCGGAGAAUGCACAACGUCGAGAAGCUUAUAAAAGCGAUAAGCUCUUUAGAAAUGAGGUGUUAUUUUAUAUGGAAAUAAUGCCAGAACUGUUGAGAUUUCAAGAAGACAAAACAUCCAAAGUUUUUGGAGCCACUCCUAAAUGUUACUAUGCGCGUGAUGAUCUCCUCAUAAUGGAGGACUUGCGCGUGCGCAACUUCCAAAUGCCGGAUCGCCAAAAGGGUUUAACUUUAGAAGAGACACACUUGGUGCUAAAAGAGAUGGCUCAAUUUCAUGCCCUCAGUUUGUCUUAUAAAUUUGAAAAUCCUGCUCAUUUCGAACGAUUGCGCGAACAUAUUACCGAAGGACUGUUUUGUUCCUCAAAUGCGAAUUGGUACAAAAAUUACUAUGAAAGGCUUACAAAGGAUGCCAUUAAAAUGGUUUCUGAUAUCCUUCCGAAUGAUUCUAAAUAUUUGGAAGCAAUGAAAAAAUUUGCGGGGUCUUCAACGUUCUUUUCCCAAAUGGUUCAUUUAGUCAGUGCGGAGUCGACACUUUCUGCUAUUUGUCACGGUGACUGUUGGGUCAACAAUUUCCUCUAUCGCUAUGAAUGCGCCGGGGAUAAUACAGAACAAAAACGAGCCGUAGAUGUUUGCCUGGUAGAUUUUCAACUGAUUCGCUACAGUUCUAUUGCACUGGAUAUAGCCAAUUUAUUAUUUUGUUGUACCACCAAAGCAAUGCGCGAUGAACAUUUAAACGGGUUUAUUAAACUAUAUACAUCAGAAGUUUUUGGUUGGCUCAAAUUAUUAUGCACAAACAUACCAGAAGUAUGUGAUACCAUGGAAAAACUUGCAAAACUAUUUCGCAUUGAAUUGAAAGAGUAUGGACGUUUUGCACUUGGACUUGCAAUGGAUAUUAUACCCAUGUCAACAUGUUCGUCUGAAAAUGCACCAGACAUGUACUUAAAUAUGCACCAUGAUGACAUAGAUGCCGGUGCACCAAUCUUGAAUUUUCCUCCAAACGAUUUGUGUCGCGAAAAAAUGUCUGAUAUCGUCAUUGAUAUGGUCGAUAGUGGCAUGCUUUAAUAAUCUAAAUUACCAGAUUACGAAGGCUAACGGUGGCAGCACGUGUAACUUAAUAUAAAGGUUACAACUGCAGAUAAGCUUUCUUAUAACGAUUUUUGAUUAUAGCGCAACCAUAUAUAAAAUGAUAUAUUAAAUUUAUGUUGGUAUAUAAGUUAAAAAGGAAGCGUACAUAGUAUGUAUAUAAUAUAAGCUUAUUUUACUUAUGCAGUUCUCUAUAAAUGUUCCAAAUAUGUGAAGCGCUAAUUAAUUUUCAUUCCCAUGAGAAUUUUAUAAAUGUAAUUUAAUACAGUAAGACGAUUAGAUUGAGCGAGGCGACUGUAGUUAUAUUUUAUAGAUUCAUAUGUAUGUAUGUAAGUGGGUAAAUGAAAAAAUAUUAGUUGUAAUCCAAAACCAAAGAAUAUUUCGAACGCAAUCCGCACACAUUCACACACUAUGUACCGUAGCGACUUCUGUGAAAGUAUUGCUAUAUUUCGAUUUAGUUUAAGUACUUUUCAAUAUUACAAAAAUAAAGAGUAAUGUCCUAUUUGUAAUGGAAAAAUUGCACUGUAA